AUGGCCGGUGGCCGAAGAGGGCUUGUGGCCCCUCAAAACACUUUUUUGGAGAAUAUUGUCAGAAGAUCAAACGUUUGGACAUUAUCACACAAACACACAGACACAAACUUUGUGCUAGGGAAUGCUCAGAUUGUGGACUGGCCUAUCGUCUACAGUAACGAUGGAUUCUGUAAACUCUCUGGGUACCAUCGGGCUGAAGUUAUGCAGAAAAGCAGCACCUGCAGCUUUAUGUACGGGGAACUUACAGACAAAGACACUAUAGAGAAGGUCCGUCUGACAUUUGAAAACUAUGAGAUGAAUUCGUUUGAGAUCCUGAUGUACAGAAAGAAUCGGACACCUGUCUGGUUCUUUGUGAAAAUAGCACCGAUUCGGAAUGAACAGGAGAAGGUUGUUCUCUUUUUGUGUACCUUCAAUGACAUCACAGCUUUUAAACAACCAAUCGAAGAUGACUCCUCUAAAGGCUGGGGUAAAUUUGCCCGGCUGACUCGAGCGUUAACCAGCAGUAGAGGGGUUCUACAGCAACUGCAACCAACCGUACACAAAGGAGAAAAUGUCCACAAACACUCCCGACUGGCAGAGGUGCUUCAGUUGGGUUCAGACAUCCUGCCUCAGUACAAGCAGGAGACGCCCAAAACUCCGCCUCAUAUCAUCCUGCAUUACUGCGCGUUUAAGACCACGUGGGAUUGGGUUAUCCUCAUCCUCACCUUCUACACGGCCAUCAUGGUCCCCUACAAUGUGUCCUUCAAAACCAAACAGAACAACGUCACUUGGCUGGUCGUGGACAGCAUUGUGGACGUGAUUUUCUUGGUGGACAUUGUGCUCAAUUUUCACACCACGUUCGUGGGUCCAGCCGGUGAGGUGAUCUCUGACCCUAAACUCAUCCGCAUGAACUACCUGAAGACCUGGUUUGUCAUCGAUCUCUUGUCUUGCCUGCCUUAUGAUGUCAUCAACGCUUUUGAAAACGUGGACGAGAACUGGAAUCAUCGCGCUGUCACACAAGGCAUCAGCAGUCUGUUCAGCUCUCUGAAGGUGGUGCGACUACUGCGUUUGGGUCGGGUGGCACGCAAACUUGACCACUACAUUGAGUAUGGUGCAGCUGUACUGGUUUUACUGGUGUGCGUGUUUGGCCUCGCUGCACACUGGCUGGCAUGUAUCUGGUACAGCAUUGGGGACUAUGAGGUCAUUGAUGAAGACCGGAACACUGUGCGAACAGACAGCUGGCUGUACAUGCUGGGAGAGACAGUGGGAACGCCAUACCGUUUCAAUGCCAGUGGCACAGGCAGGUGGGAAGGAGGACCGACUAAAGACUCAGUCUACAUCACUUCCCUCUACUUCACCAUGACCAGUUUAACCAGCAUUGGUUUUGGGAACAUUGCCCCCACUACAGAUGGAGAGAAAAUCUUUGCUGUGGCCAUGAUGAUGAUUGGAUCACUACUGUAUGCCACUAUCUUUGGUAAUGUAACAACCAUCUUCCAGCAGAUGUACGCUAAUACAAACCGUUACCACGAGAUGCUGAACAGUGUGAGAGACUUCCUCAAACUCUACCAGGUUCCCAAAGGCCUGAGUGAGCGAGUCAUGGAUUACAUUGCUUCAACAUGGUCUAUGUCCCGAGGAAUAGAUACUGAAAAGGUGUUGCAGAUCUGUCCUAAGGAUAUGAGGGCUGAUAUUUGUGUACAUCUGAACAGGAAGGUAUUUAAGGAGCAUCCUGCUUUCCGUUUGGCUAGUGACGGCUGUUUGCGAGCAUUGGCGAUGGAGUUCCAGACAAUCCACAGUGCCCCUGGCGAUCUAAUUUACCAUGCCGGAGAGAGUGUGGACAGCCUUUGCUUUGUUGUGUCGGGGUCAUUGGAGGUCAUCCAGGACGAUGAGGUGGUAGCCAUUUUAGGUAAAGGAGAUGUAUUUGGUGAUGUGUUUUGGAAAGAGGUCACUCUGGCUCAGGCAUGCGCUAACGUGCGUGCGCUGACAUACUGUGACCUACACAUCAUAAAGCGUGAUGCUCUGCAGAAAGUUCUGGAAUUCUACACAGCGUUUUCCAACCACUUCUCACGCAACCUUGUGCUUACAUACAACCUUCGCAAACGAAUUGUGUUCAGGAAGAUCAGCGAUGUGAAGCGUGAGGAAGAGGAGCGUUUGAGGAGAAAGAACGAGGCUCCUCUGAAUCUGCCCCCUGAUCACCCGGUGCGCAGACUCUUCCAGCGAUUCCGUCAACAGAAGGAAGCUCGCCUGGCGGCCGAACGGACCACCCCCGACAACUGUGACCUGGAGAAGGGCCAUGCCCACAAUGAGGUGGCUAUCAAGGACGCCGUGGCCACGACCAGUAUUGUCACGGUCACUGAGAGCCCUGCCACACCUGUCUCCUCAGACUCCGCCCCCAGCCACGCCCCUGCGCCAUCAGACCGUGCAAAACUGCAGGCCCCACCACCCAACAUAUCAAUGGGCUUGUCGCGCUCCUCAGAGCCACGCGCCCGUGGAUGGGGGCGUUUCCGCGAGAGCAUAGGCAAGCCUGAGGGGUGGGGCCAGGUUUCUAAGGCGGAGUCUAUGGAAACACUGCCGGAACGUAGCAGCAGUAAUGUCCAACCGCACGCACAGGCAUGCAGCCUGAAAAAAACCGACUCAUGUGACAGUGGCAUCACCAAGAGUGACCUGCGGUUAGACGAGGGCGGUGCCAGGACCCCUGGCGACCGAAGCCCCGCCCAGCCAAAUGGCAGAGCUCCGCCCAUACCACCUAUUCCUGAACACACGCUACAUGCCUCCUUGCUGGAGCUUCGUGGGGAGCUAAGGGAGGAGCUGUUGGCGCUAGGCAACAGAAUGGUUGCUCUGGAAGCACAGCUGGGGGAAGUGCUGAGAUUGCUAAGGAGCAGGAAGACUCCACCCUCUCCAGUGUUUCACAUUUCACGACCCACCUCACCUGACACUGACAAGGAAGACAUCUUUUGCUGA